UAAUUUCUAAAUAACGUAUAAAAUAAUUAAAGUACUGUUAAUAUUGUAGAUUUUUAUUAUUAGAUAAUAUAUAAUAUUUUGUGGUCAUUAGACAUAUUUUAUCUAUCGCGCAUUAAGAUUAAAAGUUAAAAUCUGUUUGAUUCUCAUCACAGAGAUAUAAAAUUGAAAUCCCGGUUAUACCAUUGCAUUUGUUGUCAAGUUGGUACCAUAUUAAGAAGAAGAAGCGGUUUUGUUUGUAAUGUCGUUAGUUAACAUAACCUUAGAUUUUUGUUAAAUAAAAUAAAAAUAAAAUUGACAAAUAUUUUAAUUUUCAAAUAAAAACUUCUUAUAUCUUAUUAUAAGAAGUGAUAAAGCGUUAAAAAAUAUACACAAUGGCCUCAGGAUUGGAUUCUUUUGUAAAUCAUAUGGUUUCAAUAAUAACAGCUGAUGGAAGAAAUUUCAUAGGUACUUUAAAAGGGUUUGACCAGACUAUCAACAUAAUAUUAGAUGAAUCGCAUGAAAGAGUUUAUUCAACUACCUCAGGAGUAGAACAAGUUAUGUUGGGAUUGCAUAUAAUAAGAGGAGAUAAUAUUGCCUUAGUUGGAUUGAUAGAUGAGGAUAUAGACAACAGACUGAAUCUAGCUAAUAUAAAAGCGGAACCACUAAAUCCUGUUGUACAUUAAGAAUAAACUUUUAAUUUAUAAGCAA